CCCACCAACGAAAUUUAGAAACUCAAAACUCAAAAUCAUAGGGUUUCCAAAUGAUUUUCUAACUUCAAAAUUCCCACAUACCACACACCUCUUUCUCCUCUGCUAGAUUAGUAGGAAGAGUGAGUGGUGAUGAAUGGGGUAACCGAAAGAUCAAAUUAUUAGUAGAAAGAGUGGUUGAAGAGAGAUGAGUUUGCAAUGGUGUCUAUGGCAAGCAGAAAUCUUUCAUUAACAUCCCUUCACAGGAAUCUUUAUAAUAGUUUCAGUUGCAGUUUAAAUCCUUCAAGAAGACACUCACCAAAUUCUGGUUUUCUUCCUGAUACUCGACCUUCUUACAAUACACUUGUUUACCAGGCAGUGAAACUUUUAGGCCCUCCAGCAACCUUUUAUCCCUCAAAACUACAAGUUGUUUUCAAGGGAGAAGAAACCGAUCAGUUCACAAGAAUUCUCCCAAGAACCUACAACCUUUCCCAUUGUGACUUCACUGCUAACCUCACCUUAACCAUCUCAAACGUUAUUCACCAUGACCAGCUGAGAGGGUGGUAUAAUAAGGACGAUGUAGUAGCUCGGUGGGCUGAAGUGAAAGGUCAUAUGUGUCUUGAUGUUCAUUGCUAUGUUAGCGGACCGAAUUCCUUACUAGACCUUGUUGCAGAGUUCAGAUACUACAUUUUCGCAAAGGAAUUGCCAUUGGUUCUUGAAGCAGUGUUGUAUGGGGAUCGGGUUCUAUUCAGUCAACAUAAAGAGUUAAUGGAUGCAUUUGUUCGAGUCUUUUUUCACUCAAGUUCAAGAAAGUACAACCGAGUAGAGUGUUGGGGUCCUCUCAAAGAUGCUGCUAAGGGAAGAGUAGGAGAUCAAAUGCAAGGUUUAUUUGGUGGAAACAUGGAAUCAUCUACACCUCCAAGUAAUAAUGGGUUACCUAAAUCUGUAUUUCAAAUUCUUGCAACAUUUCUUUUGUAAUUAACCACACCAUGGGGCAAUGACAUAGUGUAAAAAGAAAGUCAAACUGUGGGAGGGUUGAAAGUCAACCACUCAAUUGCUUCAUAGAGGUUGAGACUGAAAUCUGAAUUCAUAUUGAUGAUUGAUGUCUCAUUCAUUCUUUUUUGUAUCAUUGAAAUCAAGAUUCUUGAUUAUAAAAAGACUGCAUUUUGUUGAUAGAA